AUGCCUGAGGAUUGGAAGGCCACCUUCAUCACGCUCAUUCCGAAGCGCAAGGAGGCGGUAGAGCCGGGACACUUUAGGCCCAUCAGUUUGUGCACAACCUUGUAUAAGGUUGUGGCGAGAAUAAUGGUGGGCAGGAUCAAGCCUCUAUUGCCGGGCAUUAUCAGCCAAGAGCAGGGGGCCUUUGUGGCGGGGAGAAACAUUUCCCACAAUGUUAUGUUGGCUCAGGAGAUGAUGUGGGAUCUUCAGCGAGCAUCGAAGCGGCGCAGCUUGAUGGUAGUCAAGCUAGAUAUGGAGAGGGCAUAUGAUAGGAUCAGGUGGAGCUUUCUGCGGAAGGCUUUAGAGACCUACGUGGUUGAGGCUGUGCAGUGCUUCUUCACUCAGGCAGCUAUGCCUGAGGAUUGGAAGGCCACCUUCAUCACGCUCAUUCCGAAGCGCCAGGAGGCGGUAGAGCCGGGACACUUUAGGCCCAUCAGUUUGUGCACAACUUUGUAUAAGGUUGUGGCGAGAAUAAUGGUGGGCAGGAUCAAGCCUCUAUUGCCGGGCAUUAUCAGCCAAGAGCAGGAGGCCUUUGUGGCGGGGAGAAACAUUUCCCACAAUGUUAUGUUGGCUCAGGAGAUGAUGUGGGAUCUUCAGCGAGCAUCGAAGCGGCGCAGCUUGAUGGUAGUCAAGCUAGAUAUGGAGAGGGCAUAUGAUAGGAUCAGGUGGAGCUUUCUGCGGAAGGCUUUAGAGACCUACGGUUUUCAUAGGAGAUGGAUUGGUUGGGGUGCGUGCACUAGUCGGGAGCUGGAGGCCUAUGUCCCAGCACCGGGGGUGGGACCUAUCUCUCAUUUAUUGUUUGCUGACGACUGUCUUCUUUUGACCAGGGCGCAUGCUUCUGAUGCACGGGUACUCGCUAGAGUGCUGGCAGGUUACUGCGCGGCGUCCGGACAGAGAGUUAACUUCAUGAAGUCAGCCAUUCGGUUCAGCCCUAGCACGGAGAUUAGAGUCAGACUGGAGAUCAGGAGGAUUCUGCAGAUACCAGAGCAGGAGGGGACAUUGGUCUACCUGGGAGUCCCUAUCACAGGCCGGAGACUGCGGGUGAUAGAGUGCUCCGGGCUGGUACAGCGGGUCGAGGCCAGGCUGGAGGGAUGGAGGGCAUCAUCUCUAUCCAUGAUGGGGAGAUUGACACUGGUCAGAUCGGUGUUAGGAUCUAUGCCGGUAUAUCUCAUGGCCAACACUGUGGUCCCAAAGACGACUCUGCUGAAGAUUGAACGUCUUCUUCGGAGCUUCUUGUGGGGGUCUCAUAGUGGGGGCCAUGGGGUACAUCUGAUGGCUUGGGAGCACGUCUGCCUCCCCAUCAGUGAGGGUGGUCUGGGAGUGCAUUCCCUCUUGGAGCGGCGUGAGGCCCUUGUUGCUCGACACGCAGCUCGCUUCUUGCUGGAGCCGCAGGGGCUUUGGAGCAGGGUGAUGGCAGCCAGAUUUGGCCGAGGGGGCUCUGAGGUGGCACGGAGUGGCCGCCGAACUUCCUUUAUGUGGCGCGAGAUUGUGAGGUAUUUGCCGACUGUGUCGGCUAACACCAGGUGGCUGAUAGGCGAUGGGCGGAGCGUCGAUGUGACCGAUGAUCCAUGGGUGGACACUUUGCCUCUGAGAUGUUGGCCGACGAUGGUGGAUACUGAGGCAGCGGAGGGGCUUCGGGUGUGUGACCUCCUAGCACCAGGGAGGACAGAGUGGGAUGAUACCAGACUACAUCAGCUGUUUGGGACACAUCUUGCUGCGAGGGUACGGUCCCUUCCAGUACCAGAUUGCGAGGGGCCAGACGUUAGGGUCUGGGGCACCUCAUGCAGGGCCAGUGUCAGGCUGGGUGAUCUAUCCCGGGUCAUCCAGCAGGAGCAUGAGCGAGGACCAGACUGCGCCUGGAUUUGGAGGUCCGGCCUCCAGCCGAGGGCAGCACUCUUUUUAUGGAAGGUGAUGUGGGAUCGCCUUCCGACGAGAGCAGUGUUGAGCCGGCGUGCUUUGGGGAUCCCCGCGGAGUGCGGGGUUUGCAGUGUUGAUGAGACUGUGGAUCAUGUUCUAUUUCAGUGCACUUGGGCGAGAUCGACAUGGCUGUGGACAGGUGGCUGCCAGUUGUUCGUCACAUCAGUUCCAGGGGCAGAGCUGCGAGCUGCCUGGGCAGGUCUUCGCCAUGCUCGACAGGUGCUGCAGGCCAGCUCGAUCAUCCUGGAGGGUGACUCGGCCACAGUUAUUGGCUGGAUCCGGCGGGGACUGAGUGGUGAGAGCAUCGACCAUCCUCUGAUCCGGGACAUUAGGAUGAUGGUGAGGGAUGGCGUGGCCUUUGAGGCCAAGCAUGUAUUCAGGGAGGCCAACAGGGCGGCUGAUUGGGUGGCUGCAUUCGCGGCCCACCACUCUGGAUACGCGCUGUGGGUGGGAGAGAGAGAGUUGCCAUUGGCACUUCGUGAGAUUGUGUAUUUUGACUUUAUUGGGUGUAUUCAGACACGCGUUGUCUGA